AUGAUUUACAAAGGCCUUAAAUUGUAUUACCCGAAGAUAUUAGAAGUCCUCACAAUCAUUGACCUCUCUAGCAAUUUGUUUGAAGGAGAGAUCCCGAGUGCCAUUGGUGAUCUUAAAGGACUGCAGGGAUUGAACCUUUCCAAUAAUCUCCUCACUGGUCACAUCCCACCAUCGUUAGGGAAUCUCAAAGCACUUGAGUCAUUGGACCUUUCUCUGAACAAACUCUCAGGACAGAUCCCCCAGAAGCUAACAGAACUCAAGUUCAUUUCUUUCUUGAACAUGUCUUACAAGAAUCUAACCGAGUCUGUGCCUAGAGGGAAACAAUUUGAUACGUUUUUGAAUGAUUCUUUCGAAGGAAACUCGGGAUUAUGUGGGGAAUUCAUAUCCACAAAAUGUCAAGAUUUAGAGGAUAAGUCAGGACAACCUUCAACCCACCAAGAAGAAGGCCUGGGAUUGCCAAUUGAACUUGAUUGGAAAAUUGUUCUUUUGGGUUAUGGGAGCGGCUUGGUGAUUGGAGUGGUCAUCGGAAAUGCAUUCAUCUCCUCAAAACAUGAUUGA